AAAACGAAUGGCGAAAUUGAAUGGUAAAAACCGAGAAAAGUUAGGUAAAUUGUUUGAGAGUGCUUCAAAAGGGAUACCUCUUGAGUUCCAGCGAAAGACUUUGAAAAUUGAAGAUUUGUCUUACUGGAAGGCUACACAAUUUCGUUUCGUUCUGUUAUACUGCAGUGCAAUUGUUCUAAAGCAUGUUUUGGGUUCUUGCGCCUACAAGCACUUCCUGCUAUAUUUUGUAGCCUGUCGAAUUUUAAGUUCCUCCGAAUUUGCAGUAAAACAUCAAAGUUACGCGAAGACGCUUUUAAAAAAUUUUUUUAUUUUGAUGCCUACCUAUUUUGGAGAAGAUUGUCAAACGUUAAACAAUCACAAUCUUUUACACGUUGCUGAUGAUGUGGAACGAAUGAGAAAAUCUUUGUCAGAUUUUUCGGCUUUUCCCUUCGAAAAUUGUUUAGGCAUGUUGAAAUCAUUAAUAAGUGGACGAAAAGAUGUUGUUCCACAACUCAUUAAAAGGAUUUCUGAAAUUGAAAAUUGUCCUACGUUGUUGCCUGAAUUUAAAUUGACAGUAAAUCAACCUGUUCAACGAAUUCAAAAAGACCCACUUGUCGAAUAUAAAAACCAAACGGAAGAAAUUCAAGCUGUCACGGUAAAAGAAAUUAAAAUUCGCACUAUUCGUCCAGAUAAUACGGUGUUAUUAAAUAAUAACACUAUUCUUGAGGUUACAGGAAUCUUGAAAGUCGAUGAAAAUAUUUUUGUAGAAGGUCACGAAAUUCAAAACAUUGGUAAUUCUUUUGACUAUCCAUGCAAAUCUUCAAUAUUGGGAAUUUGGAAAUUAGGUUCAACAAGUUCUACAAGGAUGAUGAUAAAUUUAAAUCAAGUAAAAAAUAAGUGUAUCGUUUUGGACAUAGAAAAUGAGAAGCAUGCACUUAAUUUUCUACACGUAGAAUAAAAAAUUUCUUUGCAACGGUGGUCAAAAAUCAGAGGACAAAAAUUAAAAUAUGACAACUGUAAAGAUCGAAGAAAAUAAACCGAAAAUAUGGCGACAUCAAAUUCAGCAACGUAGACAUCGACAAAAUUAAUAUUAAUAUUUCUUCUCUAUUUAAUUUUUGGAAGUACAUAAACUCUUAUAACAGUUGGACACCAAUGCUUUUUGCGAUAUAAUUAAAGUUUUCGAUGAUUUAAUUUUUUAUUGCACAAUUAAAAUUCAAAAGGCUUUCUUCUCAAAUGAAAAUAGCAUUAAUUUGGACAUGCUACGAAUUUUAUUCACAUCAUCAUCGAAAUGUUUAGCAACACGUUCGUUACUCUAUUUCUAGACAAUGCAAAAGGUAUAUCAACAUUGAUAGCACUGGUUUCUAUUGUUACUUUCCUUAUGUGGAUUUCACUUUUGGACAUUUGGUAAUAAGAGAUUUUUGCAAUAAUAAUCAGAAGUUUCGAAGAGCUAAUUUUGGACUAUUUAUUCUAAAAACUGUACAGAUGUUGCUGUAUUUUAGUUGGUUGGAUUAAUGGCAUUGAUGAAAAUCUUAUUACCUUUCAAUCUAGUAGAAUUUACACUCAUUUUCAGAAAGACUAGAGCAUAGGAAUUAAAAAACCCGAUUUUUGUCAGUCAGUUUUAUGUAUUUCAUUUAUAAGGGAACUGUAAAAGUUCUUUACUAACAAUGAUGAUAAAAGAUUUAAUUUUUAGUUAUAUUAACAGAUAUUUGGAAUCGUUUUAUA